AUUCGGGUUGUGGAUUGAAUGAAUUGUAAUCUCUCCACUCCAUCACUCCUCUCUAUUGACAUUUUGCACUAAAACAAUAAAGCACCAUGAACACAGUCAAGUGCAUCAGAGCCUCUCAGGCAGUGGUUGCUGCUAGUGUCCGUAAUGUUAACGCUAUUGCAAUCCGCACACUCUCAUCCUCUACAGCCGUUGCUCAAAACAUCCGCCACGACCUCAAACAGGCUGUCAAUAGAGAUACAACUUGGAGCGAGAAUCAAGUUGAAAAGAAGAUUGCAUUCAAAGGCCCCCGCUUUGAACAUGUGGAUAUUGAGGCUCAGCCUAAACCACGCGCUGCUGUUGAGUUGAUUGCUGAGGAGCCUAUUCGUUUGGUUGAGGGUCGUCGUGCACGAUGCGAUGGAGGCGGAGGAUCCUUGGGACAUCCUGCUGUUUGGAUCAAUUUGGAUCGUCCUGGCGCUCAUGCAUGUGGAUACUGCGGCAUCCGUUUCGAGCAGAAGCCUCAUCAUCAUUAAAAAAACUAUUUGAACUGAACGAACGCAAAUCAAAUAUUUUCUCGUCCACAAUUUUUUUCUACCCAUAUCCGACUUUGGACGGUUAUUCACUUAAACACACAGCACGAUACACAAUAUGACGCUCACGAUAGAGGGACAAGGAGCGAAAGCAGAAGUAUGGAGAGGCUUAUUCUUAUUCACAUAUAAUAUGAAGAAAAACGACUCAUCAAUAAAUUCCUGCGAGCAUGCCUUGUCAUAGAACUGGA